UCGUCAUAGCGGACUUGAGGCCCCAGCCUGAAGAACAUCAAUCCGAGUCCCCCAGCCAUUUCUGCCUCGACUCGAUUCAUCCUCGUUUGGUCCUCACAUAUUGACUUGCCCAAGUGCUUCGAUUGAGCGCAAUUGCGUUUUCUAGCAGCGUCUUCUUUUUCAAUGCCCUCGUCAAGCGCGCGUAGUGUCUAGUCUUGAUCUCCUCAAACGGCGCAGUCGAAACAAUCGGUGAUUGAUACACUGCGAUGGCGGACACGAUUGGUUCAUCAGGCUCAGGUCAUCCGAAUCUCAACCUGACGCCUGAAGAGAAACGAGUAUACGCGCAACUACUGAAGGAGGCGGAUCCAGAGGGAUUCGGCGCUGUCUCUGGCGAUGUUGCUGUCAAGUUCUUCGAGCGGACGAAGCUCCCGGCAGAUGUGCUAGGACAGAUCUGGCAGAUCGCCGACACGGAAAAUCGAGGUUUCCUCACUCCAGCCGGGUUCGGAGUUGUUCUACGAUUAAUCGGUCAUGCGCAAGCUGGCCGACCGCCUUCGGCGCAGCUCGCUACUCAGACGGCGCCGUUGCCACGGUUCGAUCCAAUCCAUGCCGAACAGACACCGCAACCCAUUCCUCAACAAUCUACCGGUCCUCCGCCCAGUCCCACUCCCGCAGGCGCUUUGCCAAUCCGAGUACCAGCAUUAAGUCCGGACAAGAUCGCAGAGUACUCAGCCAUGUUCGACAAGUCGGGGGCGGAGAACGGUCUUUUGUCUGGACUGGUUGCAAAACAGAUAUUUGAAAAGGCACGACUGCCAAAUGAGGUGCUGGGGAAGAUAUGGGCCCUGGCAGAUACCCAGAAUAGGGGAGCCUUGAAUGUGACCGAAUUCGUUAUUGCCAUGCACCUCUUGGCUUCCUACAAGUCUGGACAAAUGCGCGGCGUGCCCAGUACAUUACCUCCUGGUCUUUACGAAGCUGCCUCUCGUCGGCCUCCUCCUCGGGUUGCUGGUGGCUCACGACCAGGCUCCAGCGCGAUGACCCAGCAAUUCACCGGUUAUAACGCCCGUCCACAGAGCCCCAUCACCAGACAGCAAGUUGCCACUCCGUUGUCAGCGCAAUCAACUGGCGAGGCGUGGGCCAUUUCACCUGCUGAAAAAGCCCGCUUUGAUACCGUUUUUGCUUCAGUCGACCGCCAGGGAAGAGGGUUUAUUGAUGGGGACCAGGCAGUGGAAUUCUUUAGCAAUGCCCGGCUACCUGAAGAGACACUGGCCCAGAUCUGGGACCUUGCUGACAUUGACUCGGACGGAAAGCUGACUAGAGACGAAUUUGCUGUGGCCAUGUAUUUGAUACGCCAACAGCGAGGUACGAAAGAUGGACGAGGCAACCUCCCUCCGGCUCUUCCAGCGUCUCUUGUUCCGCCGAGUAUGCGGAAACAGCCAGUAGCUCCCUCGCAGCCGACUGCGCCAUCAUUCGAAGCUGCUCCCGCUGCUACAAAAUCGAGGUCGGCUGCUGAUGACCUCUUUGGCUUGGACGCCUUUGAGGCUGCACCCAGUGUGCCUGCCGCUACCCAGCCGUCUCUACCGGCCCCAUCGCAGGCUCCUCAAUCCACGGGUGGCACUGAUGGCCGGUUUGCGCACACACCGGCGUUUACAGCACCCAUCUCGCCACAAGCAACUUCAUCCACCUUCAAACCAUUUGUACCCUCCAGCUCAUUUGGCCAGAGCAUUCUUCCUCAGUCAACCGGGUCUCCUGCUCCUGUUCAAGCCAAGUCACCACCGGCGCCCAACGAUGACUUGCUGGGCGAUGCGGACCCCGAGGUCAGUGCAAAACUGACUCACGAGACCAGCGAACUCGGCAAUCUGUCGAAUCAAGUCAGCAGUCUGUCCAAACAGAUGACAGAACUGCAAGGCACUCGAAAACAAACGGAACAGGAUUUGUCCCACACGACGGCACAGAAGCAGGCAUUCGAAUCGCGAUUAGCCCAACUGAGGUCACUAUAUGAAAAAGAAGCUCAAGAAGUCAAAGCAUUGCAAGAGCAAUUAAACGCAGUGAAGAAUGAAAAUAAGAGGAUCCAGCAGGAAAUGGCAAUGCUCGAUGGCACCCAUCAAGAUCUGUCGACGCAGCACGAACAAUUGCGUGCUGGGCUAGAGUCGGACCAACGAGAAAAUGCGGCUUUGAAGGAGCGAAUUCGCCAGACGAACCAGGAGAUCGAACAGCUCAAACCCCAACUAGAGAAACUGAAGUCUGAAGCAAGGCAGCAGAAGGGCCUGGUAGCGAUCAACAAGAAGCAGCUUGCCACCAACGAGGCCGAGAGAGACAGGCUGAAAGCCGAGAUUGCGGCGGCCCAGAAACAACUUGAAGACGCUCACCGGGAGGCCGAGGAGUCUGCGCGACAGGUUGAAGAAUCACAGAAGCAGUUGGAGCUGGAACAAGCACGAAACGUUCCCAUUCCUGCGGUUAAGAGGCCUCCGGUUGCUAGCCCUCCGGUUGCUAGCCCUCCUGUUGCCAGCCCAACUCCAUCCACGAGUUCGAAUCCAUUCUUCCGACGGCCGGCAGAGGCAACAUCCCCACCCGCAUCUAGUGGAGACAACACAAAGGACAAUCAGAGUGCUUUUGACAGCAUCUUCGGACCAUCUUUCACUACUUCCAACACUUCCGCACCUGCGCCUCCUGUCUCAUUCUCUGGGGCAGAAUCGCCUUCUGUGGGCUCGGCCACUACGUCCCAGACCGGAGCUCCCAGUUCCACUUCUGCACCACCGGAUAUGGUGGACCCGCCCGCACCAGGCCAGGCCGGGCAGAUAACAUCUGCAGCACUGCCCUUUCGCAAGCCAUUAGACAGACAGGACUCGAUUAGUUCUUCUGUCAAAGUGGCCUUGCCGGCUAGUCGACUAAGUCCGGCUGAUACUCCACGAGCACUAACUCCCACCACUGAUGCCUCGAGUGCAACGGGAAACAAGGAUUCGACAGAGGAUCCCUUUACGGCCGCGGGACCCGACGAAGAACAAGAGUCUAUCCGGCGAACUUUGCCCCAACCGGCGGCUUCUGGCAAGCCGUCUGCAGAGGAGCCUGGACCCGACGACAUUCCUGGCGCGUUCCCGACUGACUCUCAGGCUCAGACACCCGCUGCCAGCACAGCCAACGGAGAGGUGGGGUCUAAAACUGGCCCUGGGUCUACAACACAACCAAAACCUUCUGAGCAGAAUUUUGACGACUUUUUUGGGGGUCCCGCACAUCAGCGCACGGCAUCACAAAAGGCUGCAGAAUUUGACUCUGCGUUCGCAGGCAUUUCACAGACUUCAGCAACGAACGGGCCUGAAAGAACAACUAACAAGGAGUUUCCGGAUAUCCAAGAGCUUGAUCCAGGUGACGAUGAUGAUGAUAGUAGCGACUACAGCCAGGAUACGCCUCUGAAGUUCGAGGACGACUUCAACGCCACCUCACCACCUCGAGGAGGACCAACUGAGACCGAUACCGCAGCGGAGAAGAAACCAGAAGUCCAACCUCCCAACAACGAUUCGCUAGCUCCCCGGCCUGCUCUGACAGGGCCGACUUCAACGACUAGCUCUCUACCGCCUGCCGACCGACAAGCUUCUCCUCCGAGUUAUGGCGAUUCAGUACCGCAGAACAAUCCAACCCAUUUCCCACGGGAGUAUGAAGGGCUGUUGCCCCAAAGGGAGGAUCCUACUGUAACUCAUCCUACGGCUGGCGGAUCUACAAAUCCCGCACCUCCUCCUCCGGGAAGCCCUCCUUCUUAUGGUCCGGAAGUCCAUGAGAGGGACCCAUCAGAGGCGAAAGUGGCAACAACACCGCCGCCUACGAAAGCUGCACCUUUUGAUUUUGACUCCGCCUUUGAAGGAGUGGGCGCUGCUCCCGUUGAGGAGGAUGAUGACGAUGACAAUGACGCCGAUGUAUUCAAUCCGGCUCAGAAUUCGACAGACUUUGAUCCGACCUUUGACUCACCGGCCCAAUCUCAAACUUUGACCACUCCUCCUCAUCAUUCCACGUAUGAGUCUGUGACUCGGACACCUGCUGGUGGAGAUGAUUUUUUCAAGACUAAUCUGCCCGCGGCGGCAACAAGCACUGGCGGUGGUGCGCAACCUGCAUCAGCCUCGUCUGUAUCUCAUGACUGGGACGCACUUUUCGCGCCCCUGAGUUCGAACACACCAGCAGCGACGGAGUUUCCAAAUGUGCAAGUGCAAGGCGGAGAUUCUACGGCGUCGGCGAGAGACUCUGAAUUUGCCGCAACUCCGACGACAUCUCCUUCUGCUCCACCAACUUCCAAUUUGGCGGCACCCAAGAGCAGCGGACGGCCUCAACCAGGGCGUGCUCUCAGUAUGGGGACCGAACACGACGAUCCUAUUCUCAAACGGCUGACUGCAAUGGGAUGGUCUCGUGAAGAGAGUUUGGCUGCUUUGGAAAAGUUCGACUACAAUAUUGAUAAGGCCGCCGACUAUUUGACCUUUCGAUCCUAGAACAAAACAUCACAACUUGAACCUGAAAAUGAUGGGUGCGCACUAUCAUGAGCUAGUCGAGCUUACCCUACCGGGGGUUUUCGAGCUGAUUGCAUUACAUUGUAGACAUCAGUUAAUGAGUCGAAGGGAAGGAAAAAAAACCGGACUAGCUUUUAGUUUGCCAUCUUCAAGUUGAAGGUGGUUUUGAUUUGGCCAGGAAGGAUAGGUAUAGGCACCGCAGAGAAGCUGUUCCGCUUUUCCACUUCUCUUCGCUUCGCUUCUUCAUUUUCUUCGUUAUCUCUAGAAGCAAGGCGAGAAGAGCCAGACCACUCAAUUCCACAGCUUUUGCCGCG